AUGCCUGAGGAGAGGCAGUGCAUCUUCGAUCAGUUUGGAGUCCAUUUGACCGAACUCCUUCAACUCCCAUAUUGGGAUCCAAUCUCUUUCACAGUUGUCGAGUCCAUGCACAUCCUAUAUUUGCGCAUUCUCAGAUAUCACUGUCAAGUGGCAUGGUGGAUGAAUGUAGAUUUAGAAGAUGGCGAAACCAUUUCAGGAGAAGGGACCAAAAGCAUUGUGAGGCCAUCUGAUGAAAGCAUGCAGAAAGGUGUCGGGGCGCUCGCCGCGGGAACCUUUGCUGCCCUUGAUGCUUGCACUAAACCUGUCCUCUACCAUCUAUGCCAGGAUAGAAAUCUCAGGAGGGCGAGUAUGAAGAGAGCGCUCAUUAAAACUCUUCUGAAUUGGAAAACCGAUCAAUCCCUUCGGAAUUAG